AUGGCUCGCAUGAAUCUCUUGCUGCCGCUGGCAUGUGCCGCUUUCUCCCAACUGGCAUGGGCCGCCAAAGUCCACGAGACCUUGCGUCUCACUUGGGAAGAACAUGCUCCUAACGGCCAGGCAAGGGACAUGAUCUUGAUGAACGGACAGUUCCCGGGGCCGCAGAUGGUAUGGACCGAGGACGAUGACAUUGAGGUCGUUGUGCACAAUGACAUGCCCAUGAAUGCAACCGUCCACUGGCACGGCAUUGCCCAAACGGGCACCCCGUGGUCCGAUGGAGUGAUUGGGCUCUCCCAGCAGCCCAUCCAGCCGGGCGAGUCCUUCGUCUAUAGGUUCAAGGCUUCGCCACCGGGCACGCAUUGGUACCAUUCCCACGAGCAUUCAACGUUUGAAGAUGGGCUCUACGGGGCCAUCUUCGUCGAGCCGAAGAAGGACAUGACGGGGCUAUGGUCUCAAAUCAGUGAGGACCCGGAAGAGAUCGAGGCUAUGAAUAAAGCUGCACGCAACCCGGAGCUCCUGGUUCUGUCGGAUUGGUCGAGCUUCCCCUCGGAAGAGCGCGUGAAGACGAUGAAAGAGCUAGGCUUGUCCUUAUUCUGCGUUGAUAGCAUCCUUGUGAACGGCCACGGAGAGGCGUACUGCCCGCCUCACGAAUUUCUAAUCGAGAACACAAACCCAACCAUCAAGGAGGUCGCUUUCCCCGACCAGAAUGUCACCGAAAAGGGUUGCCUGCCUUUGGUGCCCAGGAUCCAAGGAGACAAGAUGGACGCCGCCAACAUCACCAAGCUUCCUGGCUACAUGCACACGAAAUGCAGCCCGUUUAGCGGGAGCAACUACACGGUCAAGGCUGAUCCAGCGGACGGGUGGAUCAGCCUUAAUCUCAUCGGGGCCGAGUCGAACGCGCAGAUCACCGUCUCCAUUGACGAGCAUCCCAUGUGGCUCUACGAGGUCGACGGCGGCUACGUCGAACCCCAGGAGUUUGUGUCGGUCCUCAUCAGCUCGGGACAGCGGUUCUCGGUGCUGGUCAAGCUUGACAAGCCCCCUGCUGAUUACACCAUCCGUCUGCCCGACCCGGCCACCCAAGUGCUCUCCGGCUUUGCCAACCUGGUGUACAAGGGGGCCAAGAACAGCUCGUACGAGUCCAAGGCAUACGUCACAUACAAUGGCCUGAGCGCUUUCGACUUCCCCGACAGCCAGAAAUACGCCCCUAACCUCCCCUCGACCGACAAGAUGAAGACGUGGCCGGCGAACCCACCAGCGCUCGUCACGGAUGAGGAGUACCAUCUGGUGAUGGGCCGCACGAACUCGUCCAUCUACUUCACCAUGAUGAACCAGGCUCUGUACUACACGCCCGCCUCCACCGCGGACCAGCCCAUGCUCCACUACCCCAACAGCACCCUGGAGGAGGAGUUCGGGAAGCUCGUGAUCCAGACCCGGAACGGCUCGUGGGUUGACGUGAUCCUCGAGUUCGCCGUGAACCCCGGUGACGAGGCCCCCUUCACGCACAUCAUGCACAAGCACGGCAACAAGAUGUGGAAGAUCGGCGAGGGCGAGGGCCCGUGGAACUACACCAGCGUGGCCGAGGCCAUGGCGGACCAGCCCGACAAGUUCAACCUGGUCGACCCGGGCCUCCGUGACACCUGGUUGACCCCCUUCGCCCCGACCCCUAUUUAUGGGCUCUGGUCCGUCUACCGCUACCACGUGACGGACCCGGGCGCCUGGCUGUACCACUGCCACCUCGAGCAGCACUUGAUCGGGGGCAUGGGCAUGGUGAUUAUGGACGGCGUGGACGCGUGGCCCGAGGUGCCGGCCGAGUAUGCCAUUGGACCUCACUAGCGGCAUGUCGAGUGGUAUUUCAAACCUUGAGCAGGUAGCUGUACGAGACUGAGAAAGGGGAUGACGGGUGAAAACGGGACUAGUAAUAGAUUAUAUGGCGAGUGAAUAAUCAAUAAUAACGUACUGUUCUCAC